GGACUUUCAGGCUGCAUAUUCUGCACCAAUCGUGAUCGACUUCACUCCUCCUGUUGCCGGCCGGGUUGUGGAACUGAGUCGGUAUGAGGAAGUGAACAGGACAACCAACAAUAUUACAAGGAUGGUUACCUGCACAUCGGAACAAGAGUGCAAUGCUCUGGACGUGAAGUGUCAGAAGUCCCUUUCUCAAGUCGCAGUGGCCUGGGAAACAUUUCGUGACCCUGAAAGUGAAAUCGCAAGGUAUGAGGUAGCGCUUGGAACAAGUCCAGGAGGUGGACAGCUUCGGGACUUUACAGUUGUCAACACAGUGCAGAACUAUUUCGUUAUAUCGGGGCUGGACCUGACAACUGUCACUGAGGUAUUUGCCACCGUGAGAGGAACAAACGCCGCAGGACUGUCAACCGUGUCCACUUCAAAUGGUGUUUACAUCAGCCGCUUGAGUGCCGGGUUGCCACCUCUGAGAGAGAUUAGGGUCUGGGAUGGAGAAGAUUUUACCAAGGAUUUGGACUACCAAGACCACAAUGAGGAGCUCUCUGCCCACUGGGACUUCAGCGGGGACCCGUGCCCCAUCUCUAAGUACGAGUGGAGUAUUAUAAAGGUUGAUGGUACCGUCAUACAGCCUUUCGUUGACGUUCCUCCAGGCCAAACAUAUGGCAACAACGACGAACUGGAGAUGAAGGACGGUGAAACUUUUUUCAUCGCUGUCAAGGCUACAAACAUGAUGGACUUCACAUACACAGUCAGGUCGGACGGCAUUACAGUCAUGUUGGAACCACUGAUUCCAGGGGAGGUUCGUGAUGGCGAUAUCAUCGGAUAUGACCUGAACUUCCAGCCUUCUGUCACUUCUUUGUCUGCAAACUGGGACAGCUUUGGCGAGGGGAGUCAGCAAGGUGAACCUGGCACAGACAAGAAACAGACAAUAGGGUACUACGAAGUGGCCAUUGGAACGGAUCGUCGCUUUCCUGGAACCAGGGAUAACGUACACCCUUUCGUUAAUGUUGGGUUGAAGCAGACACACAUGUUUAACAACUUGCAGCUUAUCCCACAAGUAGCGACAUACUACAUCACCGUUAGAGCUCAUAGCGUUUCAACUGCCGUAGCGGAGGUGACGUCUAACGGUAUACAAGUGGGUUAUGGUGGACAGGUCUUAUCUGUGGGACACGUCGAUAUUAACAGGUUCAUCGCCUCUACUGCAGAAGUGUCUUUCUCUUGGGAAGGUUUUGCUUUCGCCCUUCCUUUGCUUUACAGCCAGUGGGGCAUUGGGCACACAGAUGGGAAUUUAACACAACUAGACUGCAAGAAAUUAAAAAUCUGUGAUGCAGAAGACUCUGAAGACUGUGCCAAUCUGAUGAGGAAGUUCGAUAUCCACCCGCUCACCAAUGUUGGGAAGGAUACGGCAGUAAAGGUUGUGGACCUUGAGCUUCAGCACAACAGAACAUAUACAGUGGUAGUCAUAGUAACGGACCAGUCAGCGGAAUGCUCAUCAGCAUCAUCUCAUGUAACUGUUGACGUCACUCCACCUUACGAUGGAAGCGUUUGGGUUGGUUCUUUCGAAGGAACGUCUAUCUCUUACUCAGGCAGGACGGAUGAGCUGCAUGUUUCCUGGGCCGACUUUUCAGACCCAGAGAGCGGCAUUGAUCACUACGAGAUUGCCGUGUUCUCAGGAGCGGCUUGUUCAGAUGACUCUGAUGAACGGUCCCAGGUCACUGACUUUGUAAAGGUCCCAUCUAAUUACACUCGUUACACCAUUUCGGACAUUUCGCUAGAGCAUGGCAUCCCAUACUUCGUAAUGCUACAUGCGUUCAACAAGGCUGGCUUGUCGACCUUCACGGAGUCCCCACCCAUCCUGCUUGAUCUGGAGGAUCCGGUUGGUGGAACGGUGAAGGAUGGGCGGGACUUCAGUAGUGACGUCACUCAUCAAAGUUCAACCACUGCCAUGGACGCAACAUUUAUCUACCUGACAACUCACGAUGGCGACCGAUGUCCAUCUCGUCAGUAUUCAAUGGAAGAAGAGGAACCUGGGUGGGUUCCUGUCUCCAUGGGCUCGAUUUAUCGAGGCAACAGUAAUCACAGGAUACUAUUUACUAGUGAUGAGUUAACAUUUGGUGAAGACGGUUUGUCCAUCACCAUGUCGAGAGACGUACAACAGACACGGAUGUACUCAGGUGCGUACUCCACCCGGGCAGACAUGCAGGGAGGCGGCUCCUACAGGUUCGACAUGAUCGCUGCGAGCGGCGACAUCAAAGCCGUCACCAGUGUUGUGUUCUGGGACGGCCCGGCAGGCGUGGUGGGAGACUUGGAUACUCCGGUAGAGCAGUGGGCUCAGGAAGAGGCAGCGACCGAAUCUGUAGAUUGUACAUGUUGUCUUAGAAAUGACACUGGAACACAGAUUCACUCAACCGCAGUUCCAGUUGAGAAUGGGGGAUGCCCGUGCAACUGUGUCCAGAAUCACUUGAAUACAACCAUUCCACUGCUGAAUACAACUUCAACGUCAACAGUGAACUACGAGACGGUUGAUAAGAAUCCAAAUGAUCAAUCUCAGAUACAGAUUCCUUAUGCAGGAUGUGGACUUCAAAUACACCCUGCUGCAUUGUGUCUCUUCUGA